GCCGCUCAGUAGUCUCGCGCGCGCCGAUUUGAGUGUAUCGUCUUCGCAUCGUCUGAUCGUUCGCGAGGUGCUCCCCGUCUUCCCCGAUCGUUCGCACCGCGAGCACCUGCCGAGAGGCUUCUCCCGAGGAGUGCCUUCGUCGUUCGUCCGGCAGUUCGAUUCUCCUCCCCUGGUCUGGAUCCGUUGAUCCUUGCAGGAUCUCAGAUCGGGUGAUAUAUCGAACAGAACGAACGUCGCGAUCGAGUUCGUGAAAGUGGAGCGGCCACGUGAGAUCCGGUCUCGGGAGGACAGGAAAAUAUGAGCAUCUCGUGAAGCCGGGAAAAGCGGAGUUUUCAUCUGGGAGGCCAUCAUGGAGACCGAGGAACUCACCAGGCUCGUCGACGAGAUCUACAAGAACAUUUUGGACAAGUUCAACCCUGGCGCCAGGCAGCUGAUUAACGCGGGCAAGGCGUACCUGAAGGCCCUUCACGGAGCUGCGGCAGCGUCGCGAGUCUACGUCGACGCUUUAUCCCGAUUAGCUCGACAAGCUCAGCUGGGAACAUGGGGCGGCUCCAAGGAUGUGGGAUUCGCACUGAUGAGAAUUGUCGAGGUGUACAAGGAGAUCCAGGAGCAGGAGAUGAACAUUUUGAAGGCGUUCUACGUGGAUUUGCUGGUGCCCCUGGAGACCAACCUGGAGAAAGACACGAAAGUCGUCCAGAGCGAGCAGAAGAAGUUUCUCCAGCAACACAAGACCAGAUCCGAGACCUACAGCAAGGCCGCCGCGACCAUGAAGAAGCAGAGAAAGAAGUCCAGAGCGGCCAAUAAGAGCGGCCUCGCCAUGGACAAGGAGCUGAAGAAUAUGCAGAUUCUCGAAGAGGAGAAGACUAAGCUGGACGCUUUCUGCGAGCAGAGCCUGAAGAAUGCGAUGACUCAGGAGAGACGACGAUAUGGCUUCGUGUUGGAACGACAAUGCUCCUUGGCGAAGCACUAUGCGAGUUUUCAUGAGGUUGCACUGGCCGCGCUUCAUCCCUCGGUUGAUAAAUGGCGCGAGGUUGCCGCCACCAGGGAAUACUUGCCCCAGUCGGUGGAGGACAUGUUCGCUUCCAGACUCAGGCAGGCGUCGUUCUGGCCGGAGGACGAGGAGAACGGUGGCUCCGAGCUCACGACGAUGAGCUCGCAACUGAGGAAAACCCGCAGCAUGGACAGCUCCUGCCUGGAGCUGCGACUAGGCCCGCUACCCGGGAACCCGCCGUCGUCCGCUGGUCACCUCGGCCCAGCGCCGCAUCUCCCCGCCGCUCUCUCCAGAGCGAGGUCGGAGGCCAACCUGCACGCCUCGACGUUAUCCCUCGGCCCCGAGGUUCCAGAGACUCCACCCCGGCCUCGAUCCAUGGCACCCCCCGCGUCCCGCAACAGCGGCGUUGGCACCGGGGUCAGCGUUGGAGGUUGGGGAGAUGCACCCCUCGCCAGGGCUCUCUUCGCCUACCUCAGCUCGGGGGAGAAUCAGCUGAGCUUCCUGGAGGGUGAUCUCAUCGCGCUGAUGGGCGACCGGCAAAAGGGAUGGCAAUUUGGCGAGAACCUUCGCACUCAAAGCUCAGGGUGGUUUCCCCUGGCGUAUACUGAAAUUAUAAUCGACGACACUUUGGGAUCCCCGAGUCAUGGUGCAAGCAACGGUCGUACACCGGAGCCACAGGCCAUUCCGCCGUGCAAACCACCACCCUCUCGACCGCCGGUCACGCCGGCCGGUAUCGAUGAGCAGUCCGCAGGAACUCCCAGUAACAGCUCCGCCAACAACAAUAACGGCAGCAACAGCACUAACAACGCUGGCAACAACAAUGGCAGCGCUACCGGCACGCCAACCAAUAACCCGAGCGUCUUGGCGACUCCGACCGCGCGUCAAUCGAAAUCGAUCCGUCCAUCGGGCACACUGCCCGCGGUGCUGGCCGGAGGACGACGGGUACAGCCACCUGUACCCCCGGUGCCACCUCCGGCGAUGACGUCCCUCCACAGCAGCAACGACAGCGGGUUCUCCAACGAGCCGCCGGUGCAGCCUGAUGUCGAUUACAGCGACGACGAGGCGAUGAGACAACGGCGCCGGAAGCCGCGAGGUGGAGGGGAACGUGCGCCCCCGAAGGACGAGAAGCAGCAGCAGCAGCAGCAACAGUCGAAGGACUGGGAAAACGACUCCUGGAAAACUAUCCCGCGGGAUGAGAAGUCCUGGCAGCUGUAUCGCACCGCGAUGGACCUCUGGGCGGAGUCGAAGGCGAAUCAGACCGGCGAGGACUCUAAGAAGUACUACGAGGUGGAGAAUGGCGACUUCGCGCUGGAGAACGGUGACGUAGCGAAAAAGAGAAAGAGCAAGAAAGCGGCGCAGGCGACUAACGAACGACCUAGUCCGAAUCAACGCACCACCAAGAUGUCGGACGAGCGGGGUAUCCCAGCUGCCACUCGGCGCGGCGACCAACGUCGUGUUGACAAGCGCACGCAAGCGGAAACCGAGGAGGACGAUCUCGAGGAGGACGAGGAGGACUUCGGUAUGGUCGAAUAUCGCGGCAAUAAGUUCUACGCGGACAAUCAGGGGUCUCAACAAGAGCGCAGAGGUGGAAACGGCUUCGAAGCGGACAAGUACGCCAAGUCCUCGAGCUCGCCGUCAGAGUCCGACGACGAGAGCACCAUUACCAUUCCGGAGCCGGGUCGGAAGGUCGAGCACAUCGCGCAAAAGCUCGAGCAGACCGCUCAGAAGUACGCACGCGAGCACAGCCCGCCUAAAUUCUUGGAGCGUCGCGAUCGAGCGAGCGCGAUCGAAUACAAGAGUUUGGAGAGGAAUGCACGUGAGCCAGCUGUUCACUCGCGUCGCGAGAGAAUGCCGACGACGGAGUACAAGAGUUUGGAGCGCGGCCGAGAAGGCGGAGGUGGCCAGAAGACUUUCGAGCGCACACGUGAUGACAAGCGGCCGCGCGACGAGAAACGCCCGCGAGACGACAGACAUUCGCUCGAGCGAGGUCCUCGCGAGGACAAGCAAGCUUUCGAGCGAAGCUCUCGAGCCGAGGAGAAGCAGAGUUUCGAGCGCUCGCGGGAAGACAAGCAGAGCUUUGAGCGCUCGCGAGAGGACAAGCAGAGCUUCGAGCGCUCGCGAGAGGACAAGCAGAGCUUUGAGCGCUCGAGAGAAGAUAAACAGAGUUUCCAACGGUCCCGUGAGGAAGCUCAAUCGUAUGGGCAGCGGAAUCGCGCCAGGAAUGAGCAGGAGCGCGCGUAUCUGGAGCAGCGGAAGGAGAUGACCGGUUAUGAGCGAACGUUUGAAAAGAAUCGAAACAGGACAGUCGAGCGACUGUCGAGUCGACGCUUCGAGCGACCUCGACCGCCAUCGCAGGAGGCUCCGGAACGGCCGAUGGGACCUUACCGAGAGCGCAGAUACUCGGACAAGGAGGAGGCUAUCUACGGAGAAACUGGACGGUACGGGGUAGGCUCGCUGGAGAGAGAUCGCGGCUACGAGUCGAACUUCGAGACCAAGCUGGAGAGAUCGAAGGUGAUCGAGAGACACGGUUAUCAUGCGGACCUGCAAGGGCCAGGUCUUCAGAAGCGCAACGUAACGUCGAGAGAUAACGAGCGCAGCAACGGCGAUACGAACAACAACACGCUGAAGGCUGAGCGGAAGCCGUUGCCACCGCGACAGACCACCGCCAUGGGUCACCUCGCGCAGACCGGCAGAGCCUUCGAGGAGCAGCCGAAGAGCCCGAAGCUGGUGAAGCGCACCAAGUCCUUCUGGAAGUUUCGCCGGGACUCGGAGGUGUUGGAAGGUAUGGCGCUUUGGCAACAUCGCUCGCUUGUCGACAUUCCGAAGAUGAUCCGCAGAGAGAACAAGUUAGAGGAGAACGACGAGAAGCAGAGGAACUCCGACGGCGGCAGUCCGAAUUCGAGUCUGGGCAACAGCGAGGGUACCAUCACGAACGAGCAUCACCACCACGAAGAGCCGAAACCGGCCGAAAGAAGUCACGUGCCAGACAAGUCGGAUUACUUCGAAGACUUCCCAACACCGGCGGAGCGGCCGAAAAUCUCGGAGAGGUCGGAAUAUAGGAUGCAGCAUCAGCAACAACCAGAGGAGCGCACAUACUUUAUCGGCAAUGUGUCACGUAAGGCGAUUAUUGAAAAGGAGCGUAGGCGCAGUCUCGAGGCCAAACGGAACAUGAUCGUGGCCGAGCUGAAGGAGAACAACGAGACCAAGCGCAACGAAAUGAUGACGCGCGGCAGAAGGAAUUACGACGACGAGGAGGACGCAACGCUCAAUUUCAGCGAGACCGAAGCCUCUGACGAGGAGUCUACCUACAGCUGCAUCGUUGUCAAGGACCAGAGCGUGCCGGAAAAGACGCUCUUGCCGAGGACCAAGCUCAGACGGGAUUCUGAUCGGGAUAGAAACACCUGUGGACCUUGGUACGAUCUUUGGGGUGUGGACGCGUCCGUCAACAAGAAGAAGAAGAAGAAGCAGCAGUAAGCAGAGCUGACGCGAGCUGAUGUGCAAAGAUGAUGAUGAUGAUGAAGGUAAAGAAAAUAACACAAAUCGAUAUCGAAGUUGAUGAAGAGUCGAUGUGUGGAGCGGAGACGAUGUGACCGUUGAGCGAAAAGUGGAAUAUAUAGAGGAGAUAAAAAAAGAUUUCUUCUCGAAAAAAGAUAGUAGAGUCUUUUUUCGAGAAAAGAAAAAGAAGAAGACGAAGAAGAAGAAAGCGUGGAAUGGGCGAGGCGGCGAUUCACUUUGCUUGCAAUCUUAUUUUGAGUUUCCUCUUUUCUUUUUCGGUUUGUUUGCGCUCGUCAUUUUCGAGCGAGAGGAUUCAAAUUGUCUCAAGUGGAUUUGAAUCGACAAACCGAGCACCGAGUUCGCACUCGUCGUACACGAACCUUGCAUUACCAUUACUCUCACCCCCAACCCCUUAGGUUCUUCCGACCAGCUUGUUCAUCCCGAAUCUUUCCAUGGUCACCAAAUAGAUUCGUGAAUGAACGACUCCGUCCCCAAUUUCAAUAUGUGUGUGCUCGCACUGGCUGAAUCCUGCCCGUUGCUUUGUCUCGUCUUCAACGAUCGGCUGUUGAUGUUGUAGGAGCUUGCAGCAUCGUCGAAGAAAGCGCUCGAUACACUUUUGCGACGACUUCUAGGCGUCUUGUCUCCUCUACAGAGAUGGAGCGAGCAACUGUAUCGGAUGACGCAUCGCCCCAUCGAUUGUGAACAGUGUGUUAUUGUCUACCGUAUGCUGUGCACGCGUUAGCUCACUUUUUCUCUCUCUUUCUCUCUCUUUUUCUCUCUGUUUUGCUAUUGCUGGCGUAGUGAAAGCCGUGCGCUAGAUCACUCGCAAUUGUUUCAGAAUCUUGCCAUUUUUUUUUAAUUUUUAUCGGUCGCUUUGAUUGUAUUGCAAAUUGGCUCGAGAUCGCACGUGUCUCUUUUUCUUUGUACUUAGGAUUUAGGAACUUAGGAUUUAAGCAAUUGCUUGAAUUCAAUUUCUCCCAAUGUCGUGGGGGAUGUCGUUUGGUCUGACUAAACGACGCCGAGAUAAUACUCCGAACUAAAUUAAAGUACGAUAUUAAUAAGGUAUUCUCACAGUAUAUCCUUCUGAAGAAAGUCGUCCUUUUUUUUGGUCCCGACAUUUUGUUCACUCGAAAUUCCAGAGUUCGUACGUGAUCGUCCAGUAAUUAUGGACCCACCCGAGCAACCCCCAGCGCCCUGAUUAACCACGAUUAACGCCUUUCAGGACUAACAUAUUCGCGACUGUGAAGCUGCGAAAGACGAAGACUAACGACCGCUCUGCCCCGGCACUGUCAUGAGACAAGCUCGUGCUCUAAGAUCACGUGUUUCUCGCGAUCCGGACGGGAAAAAGAGGCCCGACUCGCGUCCUCCCCUCGUCGUAGAAGUUCCUUCGUCGCGCAGCUCCCAUCGCGAGACGAGAAUCGACUGCCACGCGAUCAUCAGUCCGCGAAAUGUCUUCUCUUUCUCACGAGCAAACGUACGAGCCUUUUUCUCCAUAUUCACGGCGCAUUGCACGUAUCGCACUUCCAUCGUUUCGGAUGUCAUUCCGCGCGCGCGUAUCACUUGGCGUUAUCAGCGCGAAGAGAAGUCUUCCGCGUAGAUCUUCCGGAUCCUGAAGGAACGAUUAACACGAUCACAUGCGCGCGGUGUUAAGCGUGAGGUGAGGAUGAACUUGGUCAUACCUUAACUGUGUUAACAUAGUUUUACGAUGUUAACUGCUUAAGCGUGCGCUUAGCGUUGUUAACUAUCUUAACUGCGUUAACGGAGUUGUGGAGUGUUAAACGAGAGGUUCCGCAGCAAAGGCAAAGUAAGUCCGCGACAUUCGUGGGAGCACCUGUGUCGAGCCGUGAUCUAUAAGGGGAGAUAUCUUACAAAUUACGAACUUGCCGCACUCGAGUUCCUGCGAAGUGCCUCCUGAGGGAGAGAACAGCCCGUGACACUUUUGCUACAACUCGCGGAACGAGCCGAGGCUCAUGAGAAAGAGAAAAAAGAUCAGGACUUUUAGAUUUAUCCCGUUAUCGAUGUAUCAUAUUGUGAACGCUCUAUUUAAUACAUUUAAUACAUUUGGCAUAUACUAUGAAACAAGAGUUAUUCGUCCGAGAAUUUGAUAGAAUUCGAAUUUUUGUGUGCGACGUUUCGAAGUGUUUUCUGACGUUUUUUCAAUACGCAUCUCUCAUCACGAGAACCGAAGCGAUUAGGAUAGAUCUAGGAUUAGGGUAACGUCCGGCGCACUUAGGCGAACAGGAAGAAGACGUCCAAUUUGAAGCGAAAAGUACGAAGAUCCGAGGCGGGUUUUAGGUCAACCGAUUUUUUGUAAUUUAAAAUGCGCUAGGUUUAAGUAUCCAAGGAAGUCCACGCAAAAGAUGCAAAAUGUUAAUAUAUUAUAAAUAUAAUAUAUUACACGAUAUUAUAUAUAUAUAUACAUAUUAUAUACACACACAUAUUGUGCAAACGGUCGCCCGAAUCCGAUUUCGGCGAUUUGGGUUAGGAUAGGGUAAAUGAAGUUGUUGUAAUAAGAACAAUGUAUACAUGCAUAUACGUUAUAUAUAUUAUAUAUAUUAUUGUUAUUAUAUAUACCAAUUUUUUGACGUGCAA